AUGACACAUGGGAUCGCGGGUCUAAAGGAGCAAUUCCUACCAACUUUCGCCGAAGCCUUCCAAGCUGCCGGCUACAGCGUUCUCCUCUACGAUCAUCGAAACUGGGGCGCGAGCGAGGGAAAUCCACGAAAUGAAACAGAUCCUAUCCAGCAAGCGCGGGACUACUCCGACGCAUUCGACUUUGCGGCUUCCCUGCCAGAGGUUGAUGAUACGAAGAUCGUCUACUGGGGUAGUAGCAUGAGCGGAGGCGCCGUCAUUCAUGCCGCGGCUUUGGAUCAUAGAAUCGCUGCAGUCAUUUCCCAGGUUCCUUUUGUUUCUGGCGAAAAUCUCGCCGUGGGACUCGCUCCUCGGGCUGAAUCCCUUUACGCGGCCAGGCGACAAGUAAAAGCGGGUAACCCGCCGCCAUUGAUCAAGUUGUUCGCAGACGACCCCACGAUUGCUACAAGUGGGGAUCAUAAUGCGAUGGUGCAAGAUCCUAGUUUGGUGGCAUUCUUGGAGGCUCUCAAGGCUGGGAAUAUCCCCUGGUCUCCUUUUGUUACCCCACAGACGCUGCUCAAUCUGGCUGCUUUUGAGCCUUUAGCUUUUGUUCAUCGAAUCGCACCAACGCCGCUUUUGAUGGUGGUUGUGGGAAAUGAUGACUCGUCGCCGACUGUGUCGCAACUCAAAGCUUUUGCGACGGCAUAUGAGCCCAAGACGUUGGUCCUGCUGCGGAAUACUGGACAUUUCGAUCCCUAUCAUGGAACAGGCUAUGAGGAUAACAUCAAGGCGCAGCUCAAGUUCCUCGGCGAGACACUUUAG